CUUAGAUGGAGAUUACGGCCUGUUAUUCCUAUAAUCCAAUUGGCUCAAAAUACAUUCCAAAGCUCUUCCCACAUCAGUCACCUCUAGCGGUAAAUGUACGUCGGCUUGGCAAGGUGGCAAAACUCCACGAAGUUCUCCGUCAGUGGUCUGGUGAAAUUUUAUGAUCAUGCUGGUCUUGAUUCAUAUUUGCCAACCGCUCUUUGUGAAACUUGUGGACAGAAAUGAGUAAGAGUACCCCGAUUGAAAUGGACCUGGCUUUUGGGUCAGCAAAAUCCUAUGGAUCAUCAAGAAGUAUUGUGAGGAGAAUAGCUUCAACUCUUCCUAUUAAACCUUGUCCAAGAGUUCAUUUUCAGCUUUACCCGUACGCUGAAGAUGCUGGUGUCAUUAUUGGCGCUCAGAGGCAAAACGGUCUGGUGGCGUCCCUGGCUGAUGUUGCCUGGAUCGUUGGGGAUGAAGAGGAUGAUGAAGGCCACUUCGGCAGACCCAUGCCGCGGCUCCCACCAGGGCUCAUGUUUCGAGCCCACCAGCAUCGCUCUCAAAGAGCGCCCUUAACCCGCCGUAGGUCGCUGCCCAGCCUGCAGCAGGAACCCCCAGACCCGCAGGGUCCAACAGUUGUGAACAACGAGGCCAUUCAGAAAAUCAGUGCACUGGAGACCGAACUGGCUAAACUCAGAGCCCAAAUAGCUCAGAUUGUUCUGGCUCAAGAGAAGACUGCACAGUCAGCUGUUGCCACAGGGGCACCUCCUCCACCUGGUAACCUGCCUCCUCCUGCGCCACCCCCCCCUCCCCCUCCCCCACCUCCACCUUUACCUCCACCUCUGGGCCUCCAGCGGACAUUUUCCGCCAUUGAUCUGAUCAAAGAACGCAAAGGAAAGAAGACAGACGGCCAGACUGUCCUGGAGUCACGUCCAGCAGAAAUCCCCAGCAUGCUCGAGGUCCUGAAAGACAUCAACAAAGUAAAGCUGCGGUCUGUGAAAAGUCGUCCCCUGGAAGAUGAUACCAAAGUGAAGCCCAUGGAGCCAGCAGACGCUGCCACUCUCAUCGCUGAGGCCCUCAAACGCAAGUUCGCCCACCGCUAUCGACAGAACAGCGGACAUGAUGACAAGGAAGAUUUCAAACCUCCGGUCUAUGAAGAGAAGCCCCGAACAGAGACGCCACUGUUCGGGCAGCACAUGUUGAAAGCAACGGGAAAGAGAAGGUUGCUCUGA